CAUUCCUUGCUUGGCCUACUCAUCGCGAGGCCCUUCUCAUCUUCCACUCCGCCACCCUUCGCCGGCGGCAGCGCCGCCGCCGACGCCACUCCUCCAACCUCUCGCAACUGACCCUCUCUAAUCCCAUGGUUGUUUGUUCACUUGAGCAGAGAGUUGUAGUUGAGGUGUUAGAUCUGGCUUUUUGCAUAGAACUAGAUGGGAAGAACUAAGCAUAGUGAAAGGGGUCUGAGAAACAAUCCUAAGGACAGCACGGCAGCACGGACACGACCAUUUAGCUUUGAGGAAAUCAUGUUAAGAAGAAAAAAGAAACUUGUUUCAGAGGCUAAGAGCACAGUUGAGGAAUUGAAGGGAAUCUGAUGGGAAUCGGCAGAACAUGAAAGAUCUAGAUGAGGAGGUGAAGAAGAGUACCAAUAGAACUGAUGAGAGAAUCAUCAAAAGAGAGGGAGAUCACUCUGAAGGUAAAGAUAAAAAAAACUUAGGUUUAGAUUCCAGAUUGAGGCAGGAUUCCACAAGCAACAAGAGUGGCAGGGAUAGAGAAAGCAGAGAGGAAAAGCACACUCACCAUAAAGCCAGAACUGCUGCUCAGCCUGGAGACCAUUCAGGAAAAGGAACUGAUAAGAAAAGAUUUAAGGAUACACUUGAAAAGAAUAAGCACGAUGUGAGAGGUAGAGUGUCUAAAGGGGAGGGGAAAAGGAAACAUCACAGUCGUAGUGAUGAUAAGGAGAGGGCAGACAUUGAUCUUUCCAUCUUGAAGAGGCAGGAUUCUGGUAAAUUGAAAGACACUAAACAUUCCGAUAGAAAUUACCAGAAGAAAGAGCACUCACAAGCUCAUCAUGAAGAGUCAAGGUCAAAAAGGAGAAGAUCAAGGAGUCGUGAACAUGUGAGAGAGAGAGAUAGGUCCCCUUCAAAUUCACCCAGGGCAGCCAGACAGUCUCAUCAUGAACGUGACCAUGGGGAGCUAUCAUCCUUCAAAGAUAAGUCGAGGAGAAAAUAUCAUGAUGAUGAUAAAUAUAGAACAUCUGGAAAUGGCGGUUAUUCAAGUGGGCAUCAGCGGAAACGUGGUAGUGGACUCGGUGGCUACUCGCCAAGGAAAAGGAGAACAGAAGUUGCUGUUAACAAUCCUCCAGCUGUUCAAUCUCCUGAGAGGAAAAGUGCUAAAUGGGAUCAGCCUCCUGCAGGAAGCAGCCAUGCCCAUACAGGGUCUUUGCUUGCUACUCUCCAGUCAUCUGUGAGUAAAAUUCAAGAGCUGGUCUCUCCUAGCCCUCUCACGUCUUCUACAAUAAAGCCAAAGUCUGCACAUUCAAUAGAUGUAACACUGCAGGGAGUCAGUGUAUCAAUUGAUUCUGUUCAACUAACACAGGCUACAAGGCCCAUAAGAAGACUUUAUAUCGAAAACUUGCCACCAUCUGCCACAGAGAAAGCUUUGGUUGAUUGCCUUAAUGACUUUGUAUUGUCAUCUGGUGUUAAUCACAUCCAAGGAACCAAGCCAUGCAUCAGUUGUAUUGUCAACAAAGAAAAAUGUCAAGCUGUAGUUGAAUUUCUUACACCUGAGGAUGCAACUGCAGCUCUUUCAUUUGAUGGCAAAUCCUUGUUUGGGUCUGUUCUCAAAAUCCGGCGCCCCAAAGAUUUUGUUGAAGCAGCAACUGGAAAUCAAGAGAAACUUCAGGCUGCAGUGAAGACAAUAUCUGAUGUCGUUGAAGAUUCACCCAACAAGAUUUUUAUAGCUGGAAUAUCAAAUGUUCUAUCCUCUGAUAUGGUAUCGAAAAUUGUUAGUGCCUUUGGAUCAUUGAAAGCAUACCAUUUCGAGUUCAAGGAGGAGAUAAAUGGACCAUGUGCCUUUGUGGAGUAUGAAGAACCUUCCACAACUUUGAAGGCUUGUGCUGGACUUAAUGGAAUGAAAUUAGGUGGAAAUGUCCUUAUUGCAGUUCAAGCUACUCCACAUGCCCAUCUGGAGGAGGACACCAGGGGUAUUCCAUCAUAUGAUAUUCCAGAACCCGCCAAGCCAUUACUCGCCAGCCCAACAAAGGUUCUGCAGCUUAAGAAUAUGUUGGUACAAGAAGAGCUUUUACUGCUAUCAGACCAUGAAAUCGAGGAAACACUCGAAGACAUUCGAUUAGAGUGUGCUAGGUUUGGAACCAUCAAGUCUCUGAAUUUAGUGAGAUACAAAAGUAACAGCGGAGCAGACCCAAUGGUUCCAGUAAAAGAAACUAAUGGUGAAUCAACUCGGAUAGAGUCCACAGAAGGAGGCAGUCACACAGAGCGGAACAAUCUUAUUCCAUCUUCAAACACUGAAGAACUUAAAGGUGAAAGAGACGCUGAUCAAGACACGAGUACCAGUGACACAGAACUCAUUAAAAGCAGUGAAGCAAAAGAUAAUCCAGAUGAUUCCACCCUUCAGAGAGAGCUUUUGAAGGUUGCUAGUCCACAGAUCACAAUUGAUGAUCAUGUCAAUGAUAAGGUAGAGCCAAUGCCCAAAUCAGAGGCAAAUGCUGAGAUUGCUAUUGAUGUGGAGGACAAACCGGACUCGGGCAAUGAAAAUGGUAAGGAAACACCUGCUGAGGAUGCCAAUAUGAAAUCCAUGUUUGUGAAGAAGACUGAAGUUGGUGAUAAGCAAGCACAAGACCUCAAGUUGUUCGAAGCCGGUUGCGUUCUUGUAGAGUACCUACGGGAAGAAGCAGCUUGCAAGGCAGCCCAUUGUUUGCAUGGAAGGUCUUAUGGUGAGCGGGUAAUCGCAACCGGGUAUGUCCCUCAUGAUCUCUAUCUCUUACAAUUCCCAAGAUGAAGCAAUAUUAUUAAAUUGAAGAUGUUCGACAUGAUUAACACAGAGGCCUGUUGAUGCCAUUGUUUUACUCCUCACUUGAGCUACCCUCUGUAUGGGGUUUUAAUUUAUGUUCUUUCCUUACAUUCAUGCGAUUACAUUAGAUUGUGAUUUGCCAUACUAGUCAUUGACACUGUGAAACAUAGACGGGACUGUAUAUUUAGAGCACCGGAUCAUCGUUGAGCGAUGUAAUUGUUUCUCGGGAGGAAACUCCGGCGGGGUUUAUUUCCGUGUUUCAGGGUCUUUUUAAUGUUGUGAUGUAUCUAGCAGCUUUAGACAUUCUUUCAGACCUUGUGAUUUUCUUCAGCUUAACUGCAGACUUGUAAUACUCUUACUGAGAUGCACUUAUUUUCACAUGAAUCUGGGUUUCUUUUACUAAUUAUUUACCUUU